CAUAUAUCGCUGCAGCUGAUAAGAAAAAGUGGGUGCAGCAAUGCAAUAAAAAAUAAAAAGUAAAAUUAAAUUUAAAUGUGAUACAACAGGAUGGCUGAACCACUGAAUCUCACCGCCCGGGAAGUGCAGCAGGUAUUUGCAGAGAUUCUCAGCCAUGGCGAGGACAUCACCUGGGAUCUAUUGCCGAUCCCUGACAGAUUGAUGCAAAACCAAAAAGACAUCCUGAAAUGCAAGAUUGGGGAGAUAUUUAAUCAUCAGUUUGGUACAUCUCAGAUUGGCUAUGCAAUUUCCGUCUACAUACAUACCUACAUACCCUCAGGUAAAUACACCAAUGGCCAGUCCCUUUCUGCGCUUUUCUUUGUGGUGAUUGUGAAGGGCGUGACUGAACCGAAGCUAGCGGAGACGAACAGAUCCUGGUCGCUCCAUCCAGUUUUCCGCUGCCGUCGCUGCGUUGCCGACAGGGGCGAAGGGAGGAGCCGCAGCCGGGACUGUUGCAUGAUCUAUGUGGAUCAAAGUGGCGUUUAUAAUGACUGGGAUACAUACUUAAAGCAAACGGCUCUGCCCGCAGGGGUUAUGGUAACCUGUGAUCGAGGCGUCUACAAGCUGAUCGAUGGCCAGGUUGAGCUGAAAACAUACUUGAUAAAGGAGGGACGCUCCCCAUCGGAAUGGAUUGCAGGAUUUUCCCCACGGAAUGAUUGCUACUUAACGUCUGAAGGUCUGACGGCAGCCUUGGAAUCGCCUGAACUACAUCGGAUUUACUCGGAACAGACCGCUAGAUGUAUAUUGCGCGUAAAUGAAUUAGACCAUAUAAGAGCGAGCGAUAAAGUGCUAUAUCUGCUUCUGAAGCGUCUUGAUGGCCAGAAGGUCGAUAAUCUCAAUGCGAGGCUCCUCUCCGAGUCGUUGGUUCUGUUCACGCACAGCGUCAAUAACUUUCGCCUGGCGUCUCAAAUGGUUCGCAAUGCCACUUAUCGCACCAGCUUGAGCAGCCACGUACAGAACACCUUUGACAAGAUCUCUGAAGAGGCCAUGGAGGCGACCACUAAAGGCAGACUGGACCUCAUACGCAGCGCCAAUGUGGUGCCCACAAAAAAGGAGCUCCAAAACCUAUUGAAAACCCGUGGAACUGGUAGCUGCAUAAGGGAACCGAAAUUACCCGCUGAACCAAGUAAGGUGCCACCAAAUCAGCUGCAGAUCCGUUCAAUCAACAUCAAGGGUCAGGAAAUUCAAUUGGCAGAUUACGGAGAGGCUAUCAUUGAGCACAUCUCAAACGCGGAGAGUUUCGAGAAUCUUAUCACCAGCAUUGCCGAGCACUGGGAGCCGGACAUGUGCAAGCUGAUGCUCAAAAUGACGCAGACCUUUGGGGAAACUACCAGAAAGGAGUUUUGGAUCAAGUACCACUUACCCACGGAAUCGGUGCUCUAUCAGAUCAUUCUGCACACACUGAAACGCCAUUCGAGCUUGGACUACAAGGAAGUAUCGCAGGCAUUGCCCGAUAUUCUGAGAAGCGUGCGCUGCUAUUUCGCCUCUUGCAGUCCCAACUGUCCGCCAGAAUUUCUGAAGAAAUGCCCCAAGUGCGUGGGUUACUACAAUGAGGGAACGUGGCAUGAUGAUACAUCUGAUAUCUGACCGGAGAUUUAAUUUGCCUUAUUUAUAACAUGCUAAGCAUUUGAACAUGUUUAAAACUGAUUUAUAUAUUUUUUCUUAACGCGCGUACACUUUUGGGUAUUGCUUUUGAUUAGCUGUCCUGCAAGAAUAUAUAUAUAUUGUAUUCAUGGAUUGUAUUUGCAACCAAAUGUGUACCAUAUCCAAUUAAAGAACGAUAUUUAACCA